AUGCUAAAAAUUUUACGACGAGGUUUUCAUCGUGGCAAAAGUGAUGUAGAUGUUAUUGUUAUUGGAGGUGGCCAUGCUGGAUGUGAAAGUGCUGCUGCUUCAGCAAGAUGUGGCUCGAAAACUAUUCUUAUAACUCACAACAAAAAUACAAUUGGAGAAAUGAGUUGUAAUCCAAGUUUUGGUGGAAUUGGAAAAGGUCAUCUUAUCAGAGAAGUCGAUGCUUUGGAUGGUUUAUGUGCCAGAAUUUGUGACAAAUCUGCUAUAACUUAUCAGGCUUUGAAUCGUGCGCAGGGACCUGCAGUAUUAGGAUUACGAGCACAAAUUGAUAGAAAAUUAUACAAAAAACAUAUGCAAAAUGAAAUUGCAUCAACAAAAAAUUUGGAAGUUGUUGAAGGAGAAGUAGCAGAACUUAUUGUGAAAGAAGAGAAAGUUGUUGGAAUUCGAUUGAAGAAUAAUACAAUAAUCAGUACAAAAUGUGUAGUAAUAACUACUGGAACAUUUCUACGUGGAAGAAUUUAUCAAGGAACUGAUAGUUGGGAAGCUGGAAGAAUUGGUGAACAAAGUUCAAAUGAGCUAUCAGAAAGUUUCGGAAAGCUUGGUUUUGAAUUAGGUAGAUUGAGAACUGGAACACCGCCAAGACUUAUGAGAGUAAGUGUUAAAUUUUCUGAUUUUAUCAACUGUUUUUUUUUUCAUCAGAACACAAUUGAUUUCUCGAAAUUCGAUGUUGUUCCACCUGAUCAAACUCCAAUUCCGUUUUCUUUUCUCACGAAAAAUGUUUGGUUGCCAGUUGAAAAACAACUUCCAACUUAUCUUGGUCAUACAAAUGAGGAAACAUGUCGAAUUGGAAUUGAAAAUAUGCACGAGAAUCUUCAAGUAUCAACCGAAACAAUAUCUCCAAGAUAUUGUCCAUCUCUCGAGCUAAAAUUGAAAAGAUUUCCAAAGUUGACACAUCGUGUAAGUAUUUUCAUGAUUUUUCGGGCGACUUAACUUUUUUCUUUCAGUUAUUUUUGGAACAUGAAGGAUUGGAUUCUGAUCAUAUUUAUCCACAAGGAAUGUCAAUGACUUUCAAACCAGAAGUUCAAAAACAACUUCUUCGAACAAUUCCGGGACUCGAAAAAGUCGAAUUCUUCCAACCUGGUUAUGGUGUUCAAUAUGAUUUUGUAAACCCAAAACAACUUCGAAAAACCCUUGAAACUCGAAAAAUUGAAGGAAUCUUCCUAGCUGGACAAAUAAAUGGAACAACUGGAUAUGAAGAAGCAGCUGCACAAGGUGUUAUUGCAGGAAUAAAUGCUGCAGCAAGAUCACAAUCAGAAAAACCAAUAACUAUUUCACGAACUGAGGGUUAUAUUGGAGUUUUGAUUGAUGAUUUGACUAGUUUGGGAACUAAUGAACCAUAUCGAAUGUUAACAUCGAGAGCAGAAUGUCGACUUCAUCUUCGACCAGAUAAUGCUGAUAUUCGAUUGACAGAAAAAGGAAAACAAUGUAAUGCAAUAUCCGAUGAAAGGUAAUUAUUUAACGUUUUUGAAAAUUAAUCAACAGAGAUUUUUUUUUUAGAUGGAAUGAGUUUUCUUCAAUGAAAUCAAGAUUAGAUGAAGUUACUAAUAUUUCUGAAAAUAUGGAAAUGAGUUUAUCGAAAUGGAAACGUAUCUUGCCAGAACUUGUUACAAAAAACGAUGCAAAAGUUCUAUCUGCCUUUGAACUCAUUCAUCGAUUUGAUCUAAAUCUGAAUGAUCUUAAAAAUGCCGAAAUUUUUGAUAAAAAUGUGGAAGAAGAUGUGUUUGAAAGGCUAAAAAUUGAAGGAAGAUAUCGAAUGGAUCACGAAAGAAUGAAGAAUAAGGUAAUUUUUUUAAUUGAAAAAAAUGAAAAUAUUUUUGGUUUUCAGCGCGAAGAAAUUGAUCGUGAAUCGGCUACCGAAAUUCCGGAUUCAAUCGAUUAUUCAAAAAUGCGCGGAAUGAGUUUGGAAUGUAUCGAAAAAUUAGAAUCGGCAAAACCAAGAAAUCUAGCAGCUGCCACACGAAUUUCCGGAAUAACACCCGAAGCUGUGAUUAUUCUUUUAAGACAUUUAAAGUCACCACAACUCGUGUAA